ACUUGCUAUUGCUCUUUCGUAAAAAAAAUCUCUUCUGGGGAGCGACAGAUAGUAUCGAGUAAUUUCCUUUAUUUUUUUAUUUUUGAAAAUACAAAGUAAAGUAAUACAAGUUUCUUAUAACGCUUUAUUUUGAUUGAUGCAUUUAGAUCUAAUUUGAUGACUACAUACGACAAAAAUUUCGUAUCCUCCUACAAACAGCAAAAUGUCAAACAAUAAAAUUCCAACGUCAAAAUACGAUCUUUCCACUUAUUGGGGACGUGUACGCCAUGCAAUGGACAUCACCGAUCCAAGAACCCUGUUAUCUACAAAAAAGGAUAUUGACGAUGCUGUCAAGACUUUACGCGAGUUUGAAGAGGGAAACUGUGCUUUGAGUGAUAAAGUUUGGAGUGCUAAAAAGGUUGUUGAUUCCACCUUGCAUCCUGAUACAAAGGAGCCGGUGUUUCUUCCUUUCCGUAUGUCUUGUUAUGCCUUGACCAAUUUGGUUGUCACGGCUGGAAUGCUUCAACCUAAUCUAGGUACUGCUGGAACAGUUUUUUGGCAAUGGACAAACCAGUCAGUUAACGUAGCAUUCAAUUCUGCGAAUGCCAACAAGUCUACUCAAUUGACAUUACCCCAGAUGGCAAAAUCUUACAUGUACGCUGUUACUGCUAGUUGUGGUGUUGCAAUUGGUCUCAACAAGGUUGUUCCUCGUAUAAAAUUUUUGCCCCCUACAUCGAAGGCAGUUCUUGGACGUUUGACUCCAUUUGCUGCUGUUGCUUUUGCAGGUGUCUUGAAUGUAUUCUUGAUGCGCGGUGAGGAAUUGCGUCAGGGAAUUGAUGUUUUUGAUAACGAAGGCAAUUCUUUGGGCAAGAGUAAUCGAGCCGCCUUGUAUGCAGUUGGUGAGACAGCUCUUUCUCGUAUCAUCAAUGCUUCGCCUAUUAUGGUCAUUCCUCCUCUCAUAUUGAUGAGACUUCAAAAAACAAACUGGCUUCGCAAGAGCCCCAAGUUGACAAUUCCAGUGAAUUUGGGUUUGGUUGGUAUUACUUCCUUGAUUGCGCUACCUUUGGCUGUUGGCAUCUUCCCUGGUAGAGAAACCAUUUCUCCCAUGAAACUGGAAUCUAAGUUCCACGACUUGAAGGAUAAAAAUGGAAAUGCUUUGGAGAAGGUUGAGUUUAAUCGGGGAUUGUAAGCUUUUGGACUAUAUGGAAAAAAUAUCCAAUAUACUGCUUGUUGCUUAACAAGCUGUUUUUUUGGUAGACAAAUUGUCUUGAGAAAUAUGAGUUAGGUUAUUUGUUCUUUGUACUUCAUAUAAAGUUCAUAAAAAGGAAGUAUAUAAACGUAUUACUAAAGAAAAUUAUACUGUUAAGCAAGAAUUCACAAAUAAAGGUUUGUUUACAUUAUACGGAUAUGUAACGUCUUUGUUUAGCGAGA